AUGGAGGAGUUAGUGGAGAAGCUAGGUGGUAGCAUGAGACUGCUGGAGGGUGAAAGGAUGAGCAUUGAGAUCACAGAAGAUGAGACGGCAGACCUGAGACUGGCAAAUGGGCGUUGUCUGAUUGGCCGAUUCAUGUCUGAAAGAAGGAUUCAGAAGGAGGCUUUUAGGGCGUUUAUGGCCCGGCUGUGGAAAACGGCUGGAAAAGUGGUCUUUAAGGAGUUACAGGACAACAUUUGGCUUAUUGAGUUCUCCUCAGAAGCUGACAAAAGGAGAGUACUGGAGGGCUGUCCUUGGCUGUUCGAUAGAAGUGUACUGAUUCUUAAAGAAGUGGAGGAAAGUAUUCCGCCCGCCCAAAUGGAUUUCUCAAAGUCACCGUUUUGGAUUCAAGUACACGAUAUUCCCCUUAUAUACAUGAACAAACAUGUGGGGCUCAAGAUUGGAGAAUCCAUUGGAAGAGUGGAGGAAGUGGACGUUACAGGAGAAGGGAUAGGUUGGGGGAGGUGCCUUCGAAUCCGGGUUCAGGUUGACAUCACCAAGCCCCUCGAAAGAGGUCGAGCCCUCGAGCUUAAUGGAAAGAUGGUGUGGGCUAAUUUUAGAUAUGAAAAACUUCCACACCUCUACUUCAACUGUGGACGCAUUUUCCACAAACACUCGCAGUGUAGCGAUAACAAGAACCCCAAGCAGGGAACAAAGCCCUCCCCAAAGCAAUGGGGCACUUGGCUCCGGGCAGAAGACAUGCGCUUCUCUCAAGGACACUCGAGGUAUGGAUGGAGGCGGGGGGAAGCCCAACUGAUACAGGAGCAUCCAACCGGAGGGAAGGGGCUGCCGGAGGCAACCCAGGGACACAGUCUCAGUUAG